ACGCAGCAGCUGCUCAGAGCUGCAGUUGCUGUCUGGUUGGUCUGGUUCAGCUGGGGAGCAGGACAACAGGAAGAGGGUGAACAAUAAUGGAGCUGGAGUUAGAAAUAUUAAAGUUUAUCUGCGCUAAUCAGGGAUCAGUGAACACUGAGGAGCUGCUGUGUAACCUCGGCUCAGGCGACGCUACGGCUGACAUCUUCACUAACCGAGAGAAGUUCGCCUUCUGUAGUCCGUUCGGUCAGUCGAAGGUGGUGGCGCGGACCUGGCUGAGGCUGUGCCUCAUGAAGGACUGUCCGGGCGCGUGCACUGGGCUGCACCUGUGUAAAAAGUUCCUCCUUACCGGAUCCUGUCCGUUCACCCGCACGAGGACUGGAUGCAGAUUCUCCCAUUGCCUGGACUCUUUCCACAAUGCAGCGAAGCUGACUGAGCAUGGUCUGGAGAGCCUGAGCCGGAGUGAGCUGUGCACCCUGCUGCUGCAGAGCGACACCAGGCUCCUGCCUCAGAUAUGUCAUAAUUACAACAAAGGUGGUGGGCCGCUGGGCCUGUGUCAAGAGGGCGAUAAUUGCACAAGAUUGCACAUCUGCGAGAAGUACCUGAACAGCGUCUGCAGCUGCAUCAAGAACCAUGAUUUUAACGCUCCACAGCCACAAAAGAGCCUGUCUGACAGAGGCGUGCCGGACCAACUCUUUCCCUCGUUGAUGUCUGCCUAUGCCAACCUGCUGGCUCUGAAGUACGCCGACAGACAGGGCGACCCUGAUGCCAGAGGCUCCGAUGGUCUGAUUCAACCACAGAGAGAGAGGCAAAGAGGGAGAGGGAGAGCUGGUUUCCGGGGCAACUCAGGCAACCGAGGCAACAUGGGCAACCGAGGCAACAGAGGAAACAUGGGCAACCGGGGCAACAGAGGAAAUCAAGGCAACCAGCCAACCCGUUCCACUGAUGAAGUCUUGGCUGACUUUGAAAUCUUAGAUCUGUACACCGAAGAUGGCCUGAGCGAAGAUCGGAGACCUACCUCCCCGUACGUCUCUGCUGCUGCCAACGACACCGAUGCCAGCAGCGACGAUGGAAAGAGCAGAAAGCCAAAUCUGAAUAAAACCUCAGCCGCUGUCCGAGGGAGAGGCGACCAUCAACCGCUGAACAGGAGCCGGGCUACUGCUGACCCUGAGUCAGUCAACGACGACGCAAACAGUGAGGAUGGAGCCAGAAGAAGACCGAGGCCUGUCAGAGAUAAAACUGAGAUAUGCAUGUUCUUCAUCAAAGGACACUGUAAACAUGAGGACGAGCGAUGUUAUAAAGCCCACAACAAGAUGCCGUACAGCUGGCAGGUGCUGCUGGAUGAUCAGUGGACGGCCCUGCCUAAUAAUGAGACCAUUGAGAAGGACUACUGUGACCCAAAGAACACGUACAGUAGCAGCAACCCGUCUGUGCACUUCGACACGAUGACCCAAGGAGCGAACGGAGUACGCCGACUCUCCACCUCAAACUCUCUGGUGGAUGUCAGCUUCCUCCACACCACUGAGUGGGUUUGGUACUGGGAGGAUGAGCAUGCAUCCUGGACCAUGUACGCUUCACGUUCUGGUGGGCACAGCGCAGCAGACACUGGCAGCGCUGAGCUGGAGCAGAAGUUUCUGGACAACGCCAAAGAUGUGGUGGAGUUCAGCGCUGGCUCACAGCCAUACUCCCUCAGUUUCCAGGACUUGAUCCAAACAAACAAGCAGUACGGCACAAAGAGGGUUGUGAAAAGACGGCCCCGGUUCGUCUCUGCAGCUGAUGUUAGGGCAAAGAACACAAGAAGGCCUCUCGCUCAAUCAGGCACUUUACCGGAUCACUGGGACAAGACACAGAUUUCUCAAACAGGAUACAAGACAGUCUCCCUCCAUCGCACCUCAGACGAAUAUUUGGAGAUUGAAACCCUCUUCUGUAACACCAUGAGAGGCUUUGACAUCGUGAAAAUAGAAAGGAUUCAGAACAAAGCUCUUUGGGAAGCCUUUCAGUUGAAGAACAAACAGAUGAAGGACAACAACAACGGGCACAAUGUGACAGAAAAGAAGCUUUUUCAUGGCACUAAAUCUGAAUAUGUAGCCGUCAUCUGCCACAAAAACUUUGACUGGAGAGUGUGUGGAGUUAAUGGAACUGCUUUUGGCCAAGGCAGUUACUUUGCCCGGGACGCAAAAUACUCCCACAGCUACACCGAGGACUCUCAUGUAAAAUCCAUGUUCGUGUCGCGGGUGCUGGUGGGGGACUACACCAGAGGGAGCUCCAGCUACCGCAAACCUCCUUCCAAAGACGGGGGGGUCAUCAACCUGUACGACAGCUGCGUCGACGAUGAAAUCAAGCCUUCAAUCUUUGUUGUGUUCGAUUCAAACCAGAUCUACCCCGAGUACCUGCUGCAGUACAAGAGCACGCACCCACUGGUCUCUUUAGUUGCUGCUUCUGCACUGACACCAGUACCAGCACCAAGACGAGUACCAGCACAGAUACUAGUACCAACACUGACACCAUUCCCAGCACAGACACCAGCACCGACACCAGUACCAGCACCGACACCAACACCAGUACCAGCACCGACACCGAAAAUAAAUGUUAAAUUGAAUGGAAGGACAAUUAUAAAUUGGAGGGACUAGAGCUCGAAAACCUUUUUUCAUUGCAGUGUAACAGGUUAUCAAUCUAGCACAUCAACAUACCAAACUAAUACAUCGUCAUACCAACCCAGUACAUCGUCAUAGCGACCCAGCACAUCGUCAUACCAACCCAGCACCUCCACAAACUACCCCUCAGUUAAUUUCUUAAGGACAGGGAUGAAGUGAGCACAUGAUGAGAUUAUGGAGCUUAGUGUGUACAGAGGGCUGUGAGUCAUUUGAGGAAUAGAUUAAAUAUAGUAAUGACAGCUGAACAGCACCCUUCAGAGAACCUGGAAAACAGCUUUUCCCCAUGUUUCCUGUCUAACUGAGUAAUGGGUACAUCAGUCUUUAACUGGUCUAGUGAUGAGGGAUGAACUAAAAGGCAGCCAGGUAACAGGCCGUCACUGUGUGCCACUGACAUGCUCAGUUUUAAAUGUGUGUCCGACACCUUUAUAGUUGGAGUCAUUGUAUUGGAGUCAAGAAUCGUUGCUUAUUGUUAUCUUAAAGGUCCCAUGUCAUGCUUUUCCGGUUAUUACCCGUCCCCUUGUGUGUUAUGUAGCUUUUUCUGCAUGUAAACGGUCUGCAAAG